AAUUAGUCUUGGCGGGACCUCUAUAACCUCCAGCACUCAAUUGCAACAUGCCUGCAGGCUUCGUUGCCAAUUGAGCGUUGCCAUUCGACGGCAGGGUGGAUUGCGUCCUCUCUCCUUCAACUGGAUGUCUGUCUUUGCGCCAUUGUUUCUCGCCGUGGUCAAGAUAUCUGGUCGCGUGGCUGCCCAUCGGCGGUUAUCUCCCUCGUGCGCAAACAUAUGUAGGAGAGGACGAAGCAGCAUGACGCAAGACGCCAAUGUUAGGGCUGACUGCCCAUGGAAACAAAACACAAUUCUUCGUUGUGCGAUGUCCCGGCUUCUCAGCAGCACGAGCCUGAGAAGGGAUUGGGAAAUUCCCGCAGAGCGCUGCAAGAAGUCCGAUUGGGACAAGUUAGCCAGGGUUCCACGCGCAAUGCUUGUCGCAAUGCUUGUCGCAAUGCUUGUCGCAAUGCUUGUCGCAAUGCUUGUCGCAAGUCCUGGCGCAAGUCCUGGCGCGUCCGCGGGGCUUUCAGGCUGGGAGUUGCGUAUCCAUUGCGAGUAUCCGAGGUCAGGAACUCGUGGCCUCUCCACGGCGCAAGCCGACGGACUGCCCGUGUCCACAUGCCAUUGCGAAUGCGUCGCGUACUGCUGGCGACCUUGAAGCUGAUGAGGACACUUGUCGCUCGAGCUGGCGCGUCCCUCCAGGCCCGCAGCCAGGCGUGAAUCCGAAUCCGGGAAUCCUGGCUUGACAUUGCGCGCCCUUCGGACCUGGCGCCGGCGCCGUCGGCGUAAGCCUUCCCUUGGCGCCUCCAACCGGAAUUACGUGCGUGGGGUCAUUCCUAACCUUCCAGGCUUGCUGCCGUCUUAUUGGGUGGCUUGCAGCGACGGGCAUCGCGGUGGGGCUGUGCUGGGCAGUGCUGGUUUUUUUACGACCUGCAGCAAACGGGCAGCUACAGAAGAAAGUUGUCG